AUGGCCACGCCUGCAGCCGACGACGAUCCUUUGGUGCCUCUCACGAACUGCUUUCCCGGCGUAAUACUCAGUCCUUCCAAGAUCCCAUACACCUGCGAAGUUAACAAUGCCCAAACACUGAUUGGCUUGAACCUCUCCGCCUCGUACUACACCUCAGUUCUCACUCCUGAAUGGCCGGCGACUCUUGAUACGAAAACCGAUACCAUUACAUUCAUGCCUGAUCGUGGGGCACCUUCAGGACGUUGGGAAUUGGUCAUAACACGUAUUUCUGUUGAUGGAAACUCUGACACUCCUAUGACGACCAAUAAGAGCNAAUGA